AUGCAAGUCGAUACUGAAGUCCGACGAUCUGUCGAUGGAGGCCCAUCUGCACGAACCUCAAUCCAGAAGAAGGCAAUCUUUUCUCCAAACGAGGCACCAACUGGCGAACUGAUAACAGUAGUUGGAUCGGCCAAGUUCAAAUCAGACAUGCCGCUAUCUGAACUACGAAACCUGUACUUGAACCCACCUGCUACAUUCUCUCCCAUUGCUACAAGCAAAGGCGAGAAAGAAGGAGGAAUGGUCUCAUAUCGUAAAGAUACAAAGAGUUACCCGGCUGUGAGGAGAUUGAAACAGACUGAGAAGAAGAGGAUCUUGGUUACUGGGGGUGCUGGAUUUGUGGGAUCGCAUCUGGUUGAUAGGUUGAUGCUGAUGGGCCAUGAUGUUACCGUGGUUGAUAAUCUGUUUACAGGGUCUAAAAAGAAUAUAGAACAUUGGAUUGGUCAUCCUCAUUUCGAUUUCAUUCGACACGAUGUCAUCAACCAUUUCAUGGUAGAAGUAGACCAAAUCUACCAUCUGGCAUGUCCAGCUUCUCCACCGCACUAUCAAUACAAUCCCAUUAAAACAGUCAAGACCUCCGUCAUGGGCACCAUCAACAUGUUGGGAUUGGCCAAACGAGUCAAGGCCCGAUUCUUGUUGACUUCUACAUCAGAAAUUUAUGGUGAUCCUGAAGAACAUCCUCAAAAGGAGUCGUAUUGGGGUCGUGUAAAUCCGAUUGGACCUCGUGCAUGCUAUGAUGAAGGAAAACGUGUCGCAGAAACAUUAACGUAUUCAUAUCAAAAUCAAGACAAGGUCGAUGUACGAGUGGCACGAAUCUUCAAUACCUUUGGACCACGAAUGAAUGCAGAAGACGGACGAGUCGUAUCCAAUUUCGUAAUCCAAGCCCUCAAAGGAGUUCCACUAACCAUAUACGGUGAUGGAGCUCAAACCCGAUCCUUCCAAUACGUACAUGAUUUGAUUGAUGGCUUGAUUGCUUUAAUGGAAUCUGACACAACUGAACCAGUCAAUUUGGGUAAUCCUGAAGAAUACACGAUAAAGCAAUUUGCUGAAAUCAUUCGAGAUGUGGUGGAUAAUAGUACCGAAAUUAUAAAUAUGCCUGCUACUACUGAUGAUCCACAACGUCGUAGGCCUGAUAUUACACGAGCUCAAACCAAGCUUGGAUGGGAACCCAAAUUCUCUGUUGCUCAAGGUAUUGAAGAGACUGUUGAGUACUUUAGAAGCAUUCUGCCAGAGCUCUGA